UUUUGGUGAGUUUUCGUCCAGCAGUUUUUGCUGCCCAAACACUUUUAGCAGAGAAAAAGAAGAAAGACAGAAGAAGAAGAAUGAGAACAAAAACAAUAGGGCACAAACAGCUUUGCUGCUUGGAUGCCGUAUAAAGAGAAAAUAAUAUCAGAAAAACUCAUCACUGUAACUGACAAAAGUCUGGCAUCUACUGUUUUCGUUGUAUGUGAGUUUUUGAGGCUCCACAUGGCGUCACAAGAGUUUGGUUUGACACUGAGUUUGUCAGAUAAACAGACAGAUUUGUAGAGGAAGAGAAAAAUGGACUGACGCUAAGUGAGACGACAAUGUAGCAUGCAUUCCAGUGAGCACAGCAGAAAGAAAGGUUUCAAAACAAGGUGUUCUCACAAUCAAGAUGGCCACCUUUGACAACAGUACCAACCUAGCCAAUGUCAGUGCCUUCUACUGUAAACUUAAAGAAGAAUUUAAAUAUAUUCUCCUUCCUGUCAGCUAUGCCUUCGUCUUUGUAAUUGGCCUGGCGCUGAACGCCACAGCGCUGUAUGUGAUUGUGUUCCGCACUAAGCGCUGGAAGCCCUCCACUAUCUACAUGUUCAAUCUGACCAUGUGCGACACACUCUACAUCUUCACUCUGCCCUUCCUCAUCUAUUACUACGCAGACGAGAACGACUGGCCCUUCAGUGAACCGAUCUGCAAGCUCAUACGCUUCCUGUUUUAUGCCAACUUAUAUGGUUCCAUUCUGUUCCUGUGCUGUAUCAGUCUGCAUCGCUUCAUUGGCAUCUGCUAUCCAGUCCACUCCCUCUCCUGGGUCAGCGCUCGUCGGGCCAGGCUGGUAUCUGUGGCAGUGUGGGCCACCGUUUUAUUCUGCCAAGGACCUAUUCUCUACUUCUCAAGAACUAAGAAUCAGGGCACGCUGGUCUGCUACGACACCACCAGCCCAGAGCUUUUUGAUGACUUCUUGGUGUACAGUUCAAUAGUGUCAGUUCUCAUGUUUGUCCUGCCCUUCCUGGUGGUGAUGGUGUGCAAUGGCCUCAUAGUGAGGAAGCUUCUAGAGCCUGGCUGGGGGUCUGAAGGAGGAGCCGAGGGCGAGAGUGGGGGCCCGAACGCCCACCGUUCCAAGCAGAAAUCAGUGAAGAUGAUCAUCAUUGUGUUGGCAGCGUUCAUGCUCUGCUUCCUCCCUUUCCACCUCACCAGGAGUCUUUACUAUGUUUUUAGAUACCUAAGGCAGGCAAAUCCAGCCCAGAUCAGCUGUAAUUUGCUGGAGGCCUCCAGUGUAGCCUACAAGGUGACCCGACCUUUGGCCAGCGCUAACAGCUGUCUGGACCCCAUCCUUUACUUCCUGGCUGGGCGUGACGCCCGCAGUAACCUCACCAAGAAGAGCACAUUGCCUUCAUCGAAACCAACAAGUGUGAGCCAACGUUUGACUACUCAACUCUGAUCCAAUAAAAAAUGCUAAAGGUUUAGGGGACAAGAACUGUACUUUAUUCCUCCUCUGGUAGAUGUGAGACCCCAUACCUGUGCACUUUUCAAUCUUAAAUGUCCGCCAGUUCAGACUUCUCACGGUUGAAAUCUCCUAAUGAAGAAUCAAAUUUGAAAUUAAAACCAGAUCAACAUUUUGACAAUCCUACUCGAUUGCCAAGUCUUUGCAUAAUGUAUGUAUAAUGUAAGGACUUUGUUUUGCAAAGUUCUGUUGAUCACACUGCAUUCAGAUUUCUAUCAUUAACCAGUAGAAGUUACGUGAUAAGAUUUGACCAGAUGUGAAAAAAAAUAAAUAAAUAAAAACAAA